AAAUCUCUUCCACACGAUUUAUCCCUCGACUCUUUCUGUGUUGUUGUAGUAACUCUAAAACCUCCCUUGAACCUCCCUUGAUUCUUUAUCCACAGUACGCCUCUCUCAGUCUCUCUAUUCAAAAUGUUCUGUUUCUUCAAACUCUCAGUGCCCGUUUGAAUUCUACAUCUUCAAUGGCUUCUUCUUCUUCCCUCUUCCCACCAACAUCUUCUCUGUUCAAACCCACAACUUCCACCGAGCUUUGGACUUUCACUUCUUUUUUUUCUCUUCGGAGGAAAAAAAACAGAUCCUUUUCUCAAUUCAAUGCCGCGUAUACACCGGGCCUCUCCCUCUCCUCGCCCAUUAACAAGUCAACCUCACGAAGGGACAGAUAUGAAGCGGAGCAAGACUCCAUUUCUGUUCUUAAUGAGAGAAUUCGAAGAGAUUACAGUAAGAGAGAGGCUACAAGGCCUGUAAUGGACUCUGAAGAGGCUGACAAGUAUAUUCGGUUUGUUAAGGAGCAGCAGCAAAUUGGGUUGCAGAAGUUAAAGAGUAAGAAAGCAGGUGAUGGUGGUGGUGGCGACGGUGAUGUUGGUGGUGGUUUCAGCUAUAAGGUUGAUCCAUACAGUUUAAGGUCUGGUGAUUAUGUGGUGCAUAAGAAGGUUGGUAUUGGGAGAUUUGUUGGGAUUAAGUUUGACGUGCAAAAGGGGUCUUCUGAGCCUAUUGAAUAUGUGUUUAUAGAGUAUUCUGAUGGGAUGGCUAAACUUCCCGUGAAGCAGGCCUCGCGUAUGCUCUACCGAUAUAAUCUACCAAAUGAAACAAAAAAACCUCGGACAUUGAGCAAAUUGAAUGACACUAGUGUGUGGGAGAGAAGAAAGACAAAAGGAAAGGUUGCAAUUCAGAAAAUGGUUGUGGACCUAAUGGAGCUGUAUUUACAUAGGCUGAAACAAAGAAGACCUCCCUACCCUAAGAAUCCUGCCAUGGCUGAAUUUGCUGCCCAAUUUCCUUAUGAACCUACUCGGGAUCAAAAGCAAGCUUUUAUUGAUGUUGAGCGGGAUCUGACUGAGAGGGAAACUCCAAUGGACCGUUUAAUUUGUGGAGAUGUUGGAUUUGGUAAAACUGAAGUUGCACUACGUGCCAUCUUCUGUGUAGUCUCUGCAGGGAAGCAGGCUAUGGUUCUAGCACCUACAAUUGUUUUAGCCAAACAGCAUUUUGAUGUUAUUUCUGAGCGGUUUUCUGAGUAUCUUAAUAUCAAUGUUGGACUGCUAAGUCGGUUUCAGACGAAAGCAGAGAAAGAGGAGCAUCUGGACAUGAUAAAAGAGGGACGUCUGAACAUUAUUGUGGGAACUCAUUCACUUCUUGGAAGUCGCGUUGUAUAUAACAAUCUAGGUCUUCUUGUGGUCGAUGAAGAACAGAGGUUUGGUGUCAAACAGAAGGAGAAGAUUGCUUCAUUUAAAACUUCAGUUGAUGUUCUUACUCUGUCCGCAACACCUAUACCACGGACACUCUAUUUAGCAUUGACUGGAUUUCGUGAUGCUAGCUUAAUUUCAACUCCACCUCCAGAAAGAGUUCCUAUAAAAACCCAUCUUUCAGCUUUCGGUAAGGAGAAGGUAAUAUCAGCAGUCAAGUAUGAGCUGGACCGGGGUGGACAGGUUUUUUAUGUCUUGCCUCGUAUAAAAGGACUUGAAGAAGUGAUGGAUUUUCUUGAACAGGCAUUUCCAAAUGUUGAUAUAGCCAUCGCACAUGGACAGCAAUAUUCGAAGCAGCUUGAGGAAACCAUGGAGAAAUUUGCACAAGGCUUUAUUAAGAUUCUUAUAUGCACAAAUAUAGUUGAAAGUGGGCUUGACAUUCAAAAUGCAAACACUAUCAUAGUUCAAGAUGUUCAACAGUUCGGCCUAGCGCAGUUGUAUCAGUUGCGUGGAAGGGUGGGGCGGGCAGAUAAAGAAGCUCAUGCCUACUUGUUUUACCCUGAUAAGUCACUGCUGUCUGACCAAGCACUGGAAAGGCUUGCAGCUCUUGAAGAAUGCCGUGAACUUGGUCAAGGUUUCCAACUUGCUGAGAGAGAUAUGGGGAUAAGAGGUUUUGGUACAAUCUUUGGGGAGCAGCAGACUGGGGAUGUUGGAAAUGUUGGGAUUGAUCUGUUCUUCGAAAUGCUUUUUGAAAGCUUGUCCAAGGUUGAUGAACACCGUGUAAUCACUGUUCCUUACCAGUCUGUGCAGAUCGAUAUAGAUGUAAAUCCUCGUCUCCCAUCUGAGUACAUAAAUUAUCUGGAGAAUCCAAUGGAAAUUAUAAGUGAAGCCGAAAAUGCUGCUGAAAAUGGUAUAUGGAGUUUGAUGCAAUUUACCGAGAGUCUUCGAUCCCAAUAUGGAAAAGAGCCUUUCUCCAUGGAAAUUUUAUUAAAGAAGCUGUAUGUGAGGAGAAUGGCAGCAGAUCUUGGGAUCAGUAGAAUCUAUGCUUCAGGAAAGAUGGUAGGCAUGGAAACGAAUAUGAAUAAGAGGGUUUUCAAACUGAUGACAGAUUCCAUGAUGUCUGAUAUUUACCGAAACUCUUUGGUCUUCGACAGAGAUCAAAUAAAGGCAGAGCUGCUUCUGAAGCUACCAAAAGAACAGCUUCUCAGUUGGGUCUUCCAAUGUUUAGCUGAACUUCAUGCUUCGCUUUCAGCUCUUAUAAAAUAUUAGUUCUCUUUACAGAAUAAGUAGAUUGUUCUUGACUCGACGUUUCCCUUGUCAAGAUCUCCUUAUUACUCAGUGUGUUCGAGUGAAGGGAAACUUAAGAUUUGCCUUGUCAAUGGGUUGUUACCUCUCUUAUACCGAAAGGUGGAGACAUUCUUGCAUAAAAUUCAUACUCAAAAGAAAAGCAACUCAGCCGUUUCAAUUUAUUUACGCAUACAUAUCUUCUACAGUUGCAGGUUUUGAUCAGAAUUUACAAGUACAAAUUUUCAAGGAUAUGCGUUGAUGCUUUGCCGCGAUGGGAUCAGUGAUGUAAGUGUGAUACCUUAAAGCUUAGCAAAACUAGGAUAUGCCUCUACCUAUAUUGCUACUCAUUUUUCUGACAUAUCUUCAUAUUGAAGUUCUGUUUUAAUUUGCACAAGCUGGUUGGAAAGGAAUCGUGUACAUAUAUAUAGAGGCUCUAUUGAAGUUGCUACUUCAUUAUGUAAUUCCUGAAAGAAGGAUCACCAGGUGACCAACAAAGCUGGUGCUAUUUCUGUAUAUCAUCAUUUAAAUCAAGAAGUAUAUAUUCAAAAAUCAAUUUAUUAUUUUGUAAAAAAAUUAUGAUGAAUUCUAAAAAGAGGAAAAAUUUAGUGACAACCAAGUCAAAAUAUUUCGCA